CAACAAUAUAAAUAAAAAUCUAGGUUAGACAUUUGCAAACACAAAACAAAAUAUGAAGAUGAUUCUGAAGCUCCCCGCAAUAACAAUGGUGGCUACUUUGCUUCUUCUUGCAUCUGGUCUUGGUCAUGCUAGGAUUGAACCUUUUUCUCCUACGCUAAAGCCAAAAUUUCAAAUCGAUUCUAAACCGUUUAAUCCACCGGUUAUUCCAACCGAACCAUUUCCUCCACCUCCACCGAACCAUGACGCGAUGAUAUCAGUGCAACAAUUCCCAGUUAUACCUUAUUGUCCUCCAGGUUAUCAAAAUCCCGGAUGUCCACCAUCAUCUUAGACUGUCUCCAAAAAAUGAUAUUAAUCGCUUAAAUAAUACAUAACAACAUAAAAUAUGUUUUGUAUUAGUGUUUUUUUUAUAUCAUAAAUCUAUAAAAAAAGUUACAAAGUAUGUCAUUUAGUAUUUCUAUGUUGAAUUUUGG